UAAUUAAUGGAGUUUAUUGCAUUUAGGUGUGUUCAAUGUUUGUUCAAAAUAUUGAGUUUCUCGUACGCUCUUCCACUGGAAAAUGCCGAGCGAGUGAACUGGCACCAUGGAGAAGUUGAAGGCCAUGAUUCCUGACCACCUUAAACACAUUCUUGUUUCCAGCGCUGCGGAUGAUCUCCCUUUCACUUGCUCUGCACUUUUUGAUCAUCUUCAGCUCUCCCACCAGUUUCAUCAGAUUGUGAAGCAGUUAAGUGACCCGGAUGUCACAACAUGUGGAAAAGAUCAACUUGCUGCUACCCAGUGGAGAACUAACGGCAAUGCUGCAUUUGCUCAAGGAGAUUACCAACAAGCUUUAAAUUGUUACACACAGGCUUUGCGAUGUACACCUUUAAGCAUGGACAAGAUUGACAAGAGCAUCGUUGCAACAUUGCAUUUCAAUAGAGCUUUUGCCUUGCGUAAAAUGGGCAUGUUGAAGGAAUCUAUCAGAGACUGCAGCCGUGCUAUUAAGUUCCAUCCAUCUCACUCAAAGGCAUGGUAUUGUAAAGGGCAGGCAAAUGUUGGUUUACAGAACUUUGAAGAUGCCAUCAAUGAUAUGCAUACAGCUCUUGCAUUUGAGGAAUCUUCUCUAGGAAAGAAACAAGUCAGAUGUGAACUUGAACGUGUAGUGGAACAGUCCAAAAGAGCCAAGGAAGUACCAGAAUGUUGGAGGGUAAUUGAUCAAGAUGAUAUUCACAUUGGAGGUAAAUUUAGUUUAAGUACAUAG